AUGGGCAAAAAAAUCGAGUGUUACCUUGACUGCGUUUCGCCAUACAGCUACUACGCUUUCACAUAUCUGCAACAAAAUGCAGAGGCACUUGCCUCCAACGGCGUGGAGAUUGAAUACAUCCCCGUUUUCCUCGGCGGGAUCAACGUAGGCAGUGGGAAUAAACCCCCAUGGACUCUCCCCGCCAAAGCGGCCUACAGCAAAUAUGACGGUAAACGAGCCCAGAAGUACUUUGGCCAUAACUUCGAAGUCCCCUCCUUCUUCCCCAUUUUGUCGCUCCUGCCCCAGCGAGCUCUGACCUUCAUCAAACGCCACCAUCCACAGCAUCUUGCGCCCGCAUUCCUCGCAUGCUUCGAGACGAUGUGGAACGGCCAGCUGGAUAUCUCCAAGCCGGAGUACCUUGUCCAGGCACUGGAGAAGUGCAAGUGCUUCACUGCGGCGGAGACUCAAGAGAUCCUUGCUAAAGCGUCCGACCCAGCUGUGAAGGAGGAGUUGACCGCGACCACGGGGCGGGUUGUCAAGGAGCUGGGGGCGUUCGGGUGUCCGUGGUUCUGGGUCACGAAUGAAGAGGGCGAAAGCGAGCCGUUCUUUGGCAGUGAUCGAUUUCAUUACAUGUGGGAGUUUUUGGGGUUGCCGCAUGAGAAUCUGAAGUUAACGGCGAGAUUGUAG